GGCGGGGGCGCGGGGCGGGGGCGCGGAUCUCGUCCGCGGAUCUGCUCCGCGGCUCUCGGAUCGCCGGCGAUGGCUUUCGAGGCGCUGGCGGAGGCUGCGGAGCGGUGGUGCGCCCGCACGCCCUUCCAGCUCAUCGCCGCCGAGGAGACGGAGCGGCGCAUGGACUUCUACGCCGAGCCCGGGGUCUCCUUCUACGUCCUCUGCCCGGAGGCCGCCUGCGGCGACAAUUUCCACGUGUGGAGUGAAAGUGAGGACUGCUUACCUUUCCUGCAGCUCGCACAGGACUACAUCUCCUCCUGUGGGAAAAAGACGCUCCAUGAAAUACUGGAAAAAGUCUUCAAGUCCUUCAGACCCCUGCUUGGGCUUCCAGAUGUUGAUGACGAUGCAUUUGAAGAAUAUAACGCAGAUGUGGAAGAAGAGGAACCAGAAGCCGAUCACCAACAAAUGGGUGUCAGUCAGCAGUAAUUUUCAGAGAAGCUGAAAAAUCGUGAAUCUUUUGGUACCAGGUGGGAUCAGGUGGUCCCACGCUAGCCUGUUCGAUUUAGCACAUCACAUGGGGAUAUCUGGCUACCAGGAUAAAAGUUUUACUUUUUUUUUUUUUUUUUUUUUUUAAAAAGAAAUAAUCUGUGAUGAGCUUUGCUAAGAAGCGACCCGAAUUUUGCUCCUGCUUCAGUGGGGUUUCUAUGGAGUUGUCUUGGUAGCAUUCUGCCAUUGCCAGUCUAGAAGUAGUUUUGUUGCUGACUGUCUCCCUCCUUGAUUUGUGUUCGAGAGUAACAUUCACUGACACGAAUGUAGGGUACUUUGAAUGUAGGAACCAUGGGGUUGGGGUGCUGAGUACUCAUACGUAACCUCUCGGGGGAAGUCUGUGCAGAGAGUAGAUGCAAGCCGCACUUUUAGUUUAACAGCUAUGUUUUUUGACUCUCUACUACCAGACAGAACACCAAUUUUUGAGAGGUUUCUCCUGCAAAAGACACACAUUAGUUUAGUAGUGGUCAGUACUGCAGAAGUGCACGUGAAGGCUCGACAAAAAUGAUGGAAGUGGGAAAUCCAAGAGAGUAUUUGUGUCAGACAUGUUAAUGUCAUUUUACUGACACCUGAGUUUACAAGUUACUGGAUUAAUUACUGGGAGUAAUUAGAGCUCUGGUAUCAACAGUACACAUCAUAAUGAACCUGGGUACUCUCACACCAUGUAACCCAAAGCCAAAUACUGUUUUUGUACGAAUUCAAUCAAUUAAAAACAGCCAUUGCAUAUCUCACUUCUGCAUGAAAACCAACUCUAAGCUUCAUUGUUGUUAAAACACCGGUAAAUUAUUAUGUAAAUCUUGCAGCAUUGCCAAUUGAAGUGCAACUUAACUUGGAAGCCAUAAGGGUAUAAACCAGCAUCUGGCUCUUAACAUUGUGUUGGAGUUUUUCCUCACACUGGGCCUUUGAGCUGAUCUGGGCAUUUCCACCUCUGCGGAGGGGAGCUAAAAUACUACCCAAGCAGGAAGGCCCCUCGUAUUUUGUACCUACUUUGCAUGGGUGUAAGUGGCUCCAAUGAGUGCCAGACUGUGAAGAUGCAGGGUCUCUUAUUUACAUGUCUUUUGUACUCAAAAUAUAAGAAGCAAAGCAAUUCUGUUAUAAGACAGCUAUUUUCUGUAAUAGAUCAAAAUCUUUCUAAAUUAAUUCAUUUUUUUUUUCAUUUUUUAAUGGCAAAAUGAAGGCCACACAGUUCAAAAGCCCUUUUAUACAGAAUUAGCUUUAUAAAAAACAAAAAGUGAGUGAAGAGAAAAUGCUUGGACAACUCCCAGAAACAACUCAUGCAAUUUUGAAAACCCUGUUGGUAGCAACGUCUCCUUGUCCAUAGACUUUUUGAAAGACUUUUUUUUUUUUUCAAAGUUCCUUAACAGAGUAAGUUUUCUUGGGGGUUUACAUUUCUGAUGAUGGACCGAGAGAUGCAUAGCACUUGAUUUUUCCAAUCUGGGGCAAAGACCUUCCGUAGCCAGAAUGGUGUGUGGUACUUAAUUACACACAGAAAGUGUCUGCAAUGCUUUAAAAGUACAAGUUUAAAAAUAUUUUUAAAACAGUGGAAGAGAAACAGAGCUUAAUGAAACUUUGUACAUUCUUUCGGCAUGCAGGCAUAAACAUGAUAGUUGCAACACAAUUUCUAUGGACUAGUGACGUGAGAACUGUGGCAGUUCAUUGUAUAACACUGUACAGCAGCAAUAGGCUUUUCGCUUAUGGAAAUAAAGUGCAAGAACAGUGGUUUCCAUCUCUGCUUUAAGUCCCUAAGUUUCUGUUCCUCUCCAUCUCAAAAAGAUGCCAUAACCUUAAAAAGAACCGUGCUUGGGGAGAAGCUUUCUCUUUGUAGCAGCCAGUCCUCCGGCUGUGGCUCGUGCAAAUGGAAGCAAAUGGGGCCGGCUUUCCUCUGCUGCAAUGCCAAGCAAGAAAUAAUUUACAGUAGCACAAGCUAUCGAUUGAAUUGUUAAUGAGCAGUUGAGCAUUAAUAUGGUUGUACGCAAACGUAAAGCUGUAAAUUAUGUAGAUACGUUAUUUUCUGCAUUCACUAACUCACUUUUUUUGUUGGAAUGCCAUAUGCUGUUGGAGUGACCUCUGCACCAGAAUGCAAGUGCGUGGUAGCUGGGGACCCUUCUGCAGCUCCCAGCCCUGCAAAAUCCCCACUGCAGCCAGCAAGAUCUUGUUGAAGCAAAACUCCAGAGGGUGCACAAGGCUCGGCCCUGCAGGGAGCUGCACGCUCGUGUCCCCUCUCACGCCGCUGGGAGCUGAAUGUGUGGACCCCCACUGCCGAACUGAAGCACUACCAGGCAGCACUAACAAUAAACUGGAAUUUUAUACAUAGAAAA